GUCGGGAUGAGUCCUUCCGCCGGAAGCGGCGCGGUGAGGCGAGAGGGACGGCGGGGCGGCCGCAACCAUGAACAUCCGGAACGCGCGGCCCGAGGAUCUGAUGAACAUGCAACACUGCAACCUGCUCUGCCUGCCCGAGAACUACCAGAUGAAAUAUUACUUCUACCACGGGCUCUCCUGGCCCCAGCUCUCCUACAUCGCCGAAGACGAGAAUGGAAAAAUCGUGGGUUACGUCCUGGCCAAGAUGGAGGAGGACCCUGAUGACGUCCCCCACGGGCACAUCACGUCCCUGGCAGUGAAGAGAUCCCACCGCCGCCUGGGGCUGGCGCAGAAGCUGAUGGACCAGGCGUCCCGUGCCAUGAUCGAGAACUUCAACGCCAAAUACGUCUCCCUCCACGUCCGCAAGAGCAACCGGGCGGCUCUGCACCUCUACUCCAACACUCUCAAUUUUCAGAUCAGCGAGGUGGAGCCCAAAUACUACGCAGACGGGGAGGACGCCUACGCCAUGAAGCGGGACCUCACCCAAAUGGCAGAUGAGUUGCGGAAGCAGGUGGAGCAGAAGGAGCGUGGCCGCCCCCCGGUUCCUGCUGAGCCCCCCCGGAGUGGGGAGGGGGUUUGCGGUGGGGGGGGCCCCCCCCAACCUCCGGCGGUGCCCCCCCCUCCGGAAGACGGCGGGGCAGACAGCAAAGAUGUCAGCGAGGUGAGCGAGACCACCGAAAGCACCGACGUCAAAGACAGCUCCGAGGCCUCAGACUCUGCUUCAUAGAGGGGGGGCCCCCCCCCCCCCCAAAACCCCUGGGGACCCCCCUGGGACCCCCCCUUGGUGCUGGGGAGGGGG